UCAUAAAACCACUAUAAUACGCCACCCACUCAAUAUACGGUAGCAUUAAGAUUAUCCGAAAUAAGGUACGCGAAAUCAAUUUUAGUAAAUAACCUUUUCAAGGCUAAAAUAGUUUUCUAUUAAUGUCGAGUGGUAACUACGAGAAUAUUCACAGUAGUAGCUAAUAUUGUUACGUCACGAGAUAAUAUUUUCUCUCAUUCCACGCACCAUUAACAAUGUAAUUAGACUGCGAGUAUUUGGCUUGAGACUGCUUUAGCCAAGCGGAACCGCACUGAAAGCACUAAUACUCACUCGACGCAACAACAAAGACCCCUAACGAUUCAAAGCGCAAACGGUAUAACGGAGACUGGAACUACUACGAAAAUUAAACAAUCACCAGCCAACACAAAGACAUUCACAGAAAAAGAAUACACAAUUCUUCCUCUCCUCAAAACGAAUUGAUUUAUUGAUAUAUAAAAUACGAAGAAGGAAUGACAGUAGACGAAAUAAGAAAUAAUCAUUGAAAAGCGAAGUUCUGAGGCCUUCGACAAAAUAAGGCUCUUUACAGAUAUUACCGAAACGAAAAACGAAGAAAAAAAUAUCGCAUCGACAAAUAAGCGAGACGGUAUAAAAUGAAUAAUCGGGCAUUACGAGAGCUUUCGUACAUUUAUUCGUCUGUUUAUUCAGUUUGGCGCUGGGGCUGCCAAGUUGCCAAUAAAAACAUUUUCAUAGCUCGCAUUAAAACACUGGCGAAAGUGAACGCCCUCAAAUAAUCAAUACAGAAACCCUCCAUGGCGGGAGUCGCCGGGCGCAGGUACGCGCCGCCCGCGCCCCGCCACCUCCCCGCCGGCGCCCGCAGCCGCCCCGCCGGUUCCGCGGUCAUAGAAUAGACAGACAGACGACUGUGCAGUAGUUCGGACGUCAAUAUUUUAUGGCGGGUGAUGGCGUGGGCAUUACCGCACAGGUGCUAAAACGGCAACUACGUUAAUAUGUUCCUACUAGAAUUGAGAAUGUCGGCGUUCAACUGACAGUAACAAUGGCACAAAGAUCUGACAUCCACAUAGCCAGAUGGCUUGAUGAAGAUCGAGAAGAAGAUUUUGUGGAUGCACCAGCUGGGAGUGACGAUGAUGUAGACCAUGUUGAAGAACAGCUAGAGAGCACCAGCACUGAAUACAGCACUGAAGAAGAAGAAGAUAACACUGAUAUAGACGAUUACUGGGAAACUGUGUUCGAUGUAAUUGAGGGAUCAAGCUCCCAAUACUAUUUAGCCCUCGACGGAACAAAAUGGUUCAAAAAACCCCUAGAAACCCCCCGAGUCUUGUUUAACAAUGACUCAAAGAUUACACCAGGGCCUAAAGAUUUUGCAAGAACACGCAAAUCUCAAUUCGAAUGCUUCGACUUAUUCUUCGACGAAAACACCGUAUACAUGAUUGCCAGGUUCACAAACGAACGAAUUAUAAAAGAACAGAAGAAGUUUGCAAGAGAAAGAGAUGCAAAACUUACUGAUGAAGUGGAAAUAAAUGCACUGCUCGGUAUAUUCUUCCUAAGUGGGUGCUUGAAAACUAGCCGAGAAAACUUUUUGCAGUUAUUUGACUCAAAAAGUGGUACUGGAAUAGAAGCCAUUUACCUCGCAAUGAGCGCUCAAAGAUAUCGAUUCCUAUUGAAGAAUCUUCGAUUUAAUGAUCCCAUAAAUGAGAGCUUAGAUGAAGAUAAAAUGGCCCCAAUCAGGGUGAUAUUUCAAAUUGUAGUAAACAAUUUUCAAAAGCAUUUCACACCUAGUCACGAACUAAGUCUGGGUGAAAUAACCAUCGCCUACAAAGGAAGAUGUAGAUUUCGCCAGCACAUGCCCAAGAGGAUUGUUAAAUCUGGAAUGAGGAUGUUUGCUUUGGUAGAUUGCCAAUAUCCGUACACAUACAAUUUGGAAAUGUACGUGGGUGAUAAUCCUGGGCCUUAUAAAGUUAGUAACAAUAAGUUAGACAUUGUUGUGAGAAUGACUGAUCCUAUUCAAGGAGAAUACCGUAACGUUACGAUGAACAAUUGGUUCACGACUUUAGAGACUGCUGAAAAAUUAUUUAGUAAGAAGAUUACGAUUAUUGGAGCUAUGAAGCCUGAUAAACAUGAAGUGCCAAGAAUCUUCAAAAAAAUUAAAGAUAAAUCUUUAAAAUCGUCGCUUUUCGGAUACAACGAGGUAGCCACGUUGGUGCAGUAUGUUUGCAAACGAGACAAAGCUGUGCUCUUGUUGUCAACAAAACAUAGUGAUUGCUCAAUAGAUAUGAACUCCGGUGAUCAACUGAAGCCAGAAAUACUGGUAGAUUACAAUCGCACAAAGAAAGCUGUGGAAACAAUGGAUAAAAUGUGUGCCAGACACGAUGUCACUAGAAACUCACGCAGAUGGCCUCUGAAUAUAUUGUUUCGACUGAUGAACAUAGCGGCUAUAAACGCGUUAUGCGUGUACACAAUGAACAAAGGUCAGGAGCGUAUAGUGCGUCGUGACUUUCUAACCGAACUGGCUCUGAGCAUGAUAAGGCCAUUAAUUCAGAGGAAAAUGAAUGCAGAGAAGAUACCUAAGGUAAUGAAACAAAAAAUGAGCGAUUUAUUGAGCGUUCCUGUGCCAUCGACGGAUGAUUCUAUGGAUGUGGAAUCCGAAUCGGACCUCACCGAUAAACCUGCAAAAGGUGCAAAGAAGGGUUCCCGUGGAAGGUGCCACGUCUGCCGACGAGCUCAUAUGACCAAAACAACGCGCGAUGUCUGCGUAACUUGCUCAAGAUUUACUUGUUUAGAACACAGUAAAUAUGUGUGCACAAAUUGUUUUGAUAAAUAUUCCAAGUAAGUUUUUCUAUUUAUCUACUUUAGUUACGGUUGUGUCAAUUGUUUAAAAAUUGAAAACAUGUGAUGUUGGGCCAAAGGAAUUUUGGAAAUUUAUACGUAUUUGGAACGCCUAAAGUUGAGAAGAAUGAUGUUAUCUGUAUGAAAUACUCGAGUUAUACUCUUCAGCGCUUUGCGCUUAUUUUAAGUCUAUUGGAUACUCAAAUUGAACUAGGUUAGGUCUUCCGGAAAGAGAUAAUCUCCUCCGAAGUGAAAAAUUUGUAAAAUUACUCACUAGUUUGUUAAAAUUUUCUCGAGUAAACUCACGUUGGUAUAACUAUCUUAGUAUAGGAAGCAUUUCAUGCUAUUUAACUAUUGUAAUCAUUCGGAACGAAAUAAGACUUUUAUUUAAAACGUAUCUAAUUUAUUUCUUAAUAUAAGAUUCAACAAGUAUUGAAACUAUGUAAUAAACCAUAUAUAGACAACGAAA